UCAAGCCCCGCCUUCUUGCCGAAUGGAAACGUUGGCCCGUAGCAUCAAAUUUUAAUACCGAAAGUGUCCCUUUCUGUUGUCUGCCAUUGAAAUGGCCGCGGUAUCUGCCGAGGAAACAGCCGCCCUGGGCUCUGGGACCGAAGGGCCGCCUGAAGAGGCCAACGAGGGCGAUGCCGAGAAGAAAGAAAACGGCCUCCCUGAACCGGAAACAAAAGAAGCAGGCAGCAGCGUUGAGCCGAAAAUGGAAGAGGUGGACGACGCUGAGGCCGGCGAAAAGAAGCCCGCUGCAGCAGCAGACAAGGCCGCGAGGGACGUGGUAAGAGACGACGGGGCUUCAGCGGUCACCCAGGAGGCACCAACCGCGUGCGAAGAACCGAAGGAAAGACCGGAGUCGCGGCCGUGCCUGGAAGAUGGCAACAACGAGCACGCCGGUGACGACACGAUUAAAGACGCCAAGGAGGAACCCGACGACGACAGCCGGUGUUCGGGGAUCGACAGCGAGAAGAGCACGACCGUCUGUGAGGACGGUGAUAAAGCCAGCGGCGGAGGCGGCGACAAGAGGCGGACAAGCGUGGAGAUUUCAUCCUCGGACGGUGAACCGUUGAGCCGCAUGGACUCCGAGGACAGCACCAGCAGCAGCACCCUGAUGGAUAUGGAAAGCAUAGUGUCCAGCGGGCGGUCCACCCCUGCCAUGCUGAAUGGACAGAGCAGUGCCAGGUCCUCUGCAGCCAAGACCCUGGCUUACCCCUGCUGCUGGGACCUUUGUCCGCAGUGCUUUAACUCCAGCCCUGAUCUGGCGGAGCACAUCAGGGGAAUCCAUGUGGACGGGCAGAGAGGAGGGGUAUUUGUGUGUCUGUGGAAGGGCUGUAAAGUGUACAACACACCCUCCACCAGUCAGAGCUGGCUCCAAAGACACAUGUUGACCCACAGUGGAGAUAAACCCUUUAAGUGCGUAGUCGGUGGCUGCAAUGCCAGCUUUGCUUCACAAGGAGGACUGGCUCGACAUGUUCCCAGUCACUUCAGCCAGCAGAACUCCUCCAAAAUGUCCAGCCAGGCCAAACUUAAGGAGGAAUCACCUUCCAAAGCUGGACUCAACAAGAGGAAAAAACUCAAAAACAAGCGCAGAUGGACCCUACCAAGACCCCAGGACUUCUUUGAUGUCCAAACUAUGGACGCUAUUCGCCAAAGAGCCGUCUGUCUCAACCUCGCCACCCACAUAGAGAGUGGGGGGAAUGGCCACAGCGUUGUCUUUCACAGUACGGUGUUAGCCAGGAGGAAAGAAGGUUCUGGCAAAGUUAAGGUUCUUCUACACUGGACACCUGAAGACAUACUACCUGAUGUGUGGGUGAAUGAAACCGAGCGAUCUCAGCUGAAGACUAAAGUAGUGCACUUAUCCCAGUUACCACAGGAUACGGCUAUGUUAUUAGACCCAAACAUUUACCGAGCCCUUCCUCAAAAGCGGCUGAAGCGCAGCCUGUAAGAAGUCAUCCAUGUGGACGAUAACUUAAGAGGGAAGUUCUUGUUGAUAAAACAUCUGUACGGGAUGGGGCGCUCAUCAUCUGUCUCUGCUGAAUGUGGAGUGAAGGGACCAUAAGGAAUGGAAACUGGCUCUGGUGUAGUUUUGGUUAAUUUGAAAAUACUUUUUUAAAAGUUUCUUUUUUGAAAACUUGGAAUUUGUUGUUGUUGAUGUUCUUGCAUUUAUUUUAUUAUUAUUUUUUUACAAGCCCUGUUUUGUGUAGACCUGCCAUAUCACUCAGCAUAUUUUGCUACUGUUGUGUGUAAAAUAUUUAUCCAAAUUUGUAACUUAUUUUUUUACAAUGGAUAUGCUGGUGUGAAGCUGUUAGUUUUUUUUAUGUUUUAGUUUUAUUUUGACAAGUUUGAGUAAAAUCAUAUUUAUCUGCAAAUAAUACCUAAACUGUUACUUGUAAGGCUGUUUGGACAUUAGGUGUAAUUAUGCUGUGCAUGUGACAAAGAUCCUAACCAGUUGUCCUAUUUAUACUUCCUGAGUGCAGUACUGUUAACUUUGUGUACGACAAUGACGUGUGAAAUUUCCUCCGUCACAGUUUAAACUAUCAACAGAGCAAUAACUCAGUGAGACACUAGUGUAACUCCAAAUCACAGCCUGUCUGUUGAGAAGAAACCAUAAAAACUGACAAAGUUUACAUCGCAACAACUUGCUUAAGAUGGACUGUUAACUGUGGAGACUGUGGAGAAAAUAGAAAAUCCUGAUAUUCUGAUUUAUUGAGACUUUUGUAUUUGAUGUAGUCCCUUCUAAAACUGUAAACCGGUGUUUGUAAUAAAAUAAGGGAUUUGACAGAAUGCAACAAGACACAAAGGAGUACUGGAUUCAGUAUGAUGAGAGCAAACUGUAGAAUAUUGGUUCCUUAUGUGUGCGUUGGAGGGAUUGGCCGGGUUAUUUGGCGUCCCAUUAGCAGAGCAGCUUUGGGACCCCGCUGUGGAGGAGCUAAUAACUGGGCCAGCAGGGCAGAGCUGCUGUUUGUGAACACGCCUGCAGAGAAAGAAAGCGAGUUCACGGAGAGGUCCGCUCUCCAGCAUAUCACGCACUUGCAUGCUCACACAUACACAAUUCAUUUAAGAGUUUAUUAUGUGAUAUAAUGAGGCUCUCAGGUGCCGUUGCGCUGCUUCAGGGCUUUAAGCUCUGAAGAUGUCGACACCCUGUUGUUCUUUGUGUGCUUUUCUAAGUGGCUUCCUACUAUCUGCAGUGUUCUGCAGACGUCGUGGUGCUAAUUCAUAAAAAUGUUUGUAGAGCUCACUGAACAAGUUGGGCAGUAAGCAGAGAAUGUUUUGAUUUAGACUGAAUUAAUCUUUUUGUUUUCUUAUUGUUUUAGUCAUACGUUAGUUCAGUUUUUGUGGUGCUAUUAAUACUGUCAAAACCUUUUUACUUAUAACUGUGAGCAAAGUAAUCUGUCUAUAAAAAUAUACUCACAAUUUUACCUAUAACAUUUUACAUAAUAAAUACUGUUUCACUUUUUUUGUAAA